AGUUGGUGUCACUGAGAAAGCGCGCGGUUUUCUAGGUACAACGGGUACAACGACGAAAGGGUGAAUGGGUGGAUCCUGAUACAUCUGUUGUCAAUAAUGUAGAGCGAUGCAGUCUACUUAAUAGCUUGUGUUUAAUGUAAUGUUCCAUUGAGUAGGCAACUAACAUAAUUGGUUCAUUAAACUGUGAUAAUGCGUGAUAAUUUUAGUUUUGUGUGCAAGAAUUUAUGGUUCCCUUUUUUUUGGAAGUAAACCACCUUAAGUCAGUUUUGAAGUAAUUUCUUGAAGAAAAAAACCGCAAUGAAGGACCACGGCGUGAAAGAAGAUUCCUUAAGCGAAGUUCAAAAUGCAACUAGUGCUGAGGAAAUUGAUGAAAUACGGAAAAGAAACAUCGCAUAUGAAUAUUUAUGUCAUCUGGAAGAAGCAAAGAUGUGGUUGGAGGCUGUUCUUCAUGAGAAGUUGCCUCCAACAACUGAAUUAGAAGAAAGUCUUCGUCAUGGAGUAUACUUGGCAAAACUUGGACAUUUCAUUGCUCCAGAAGUGGUACCAGUAUCAAAAAUAUACGAUCUUCAAUUGCAACGUUACAAUGUUGCAGGGCUGCAGUUUCGUCACACAGAUAAUAUAAAUUAUUGGUUGAAAGCACUUGUUAUUUCUGGUUUACCUAAAACUUUUCAUCCAGAAACCACCGAUGUUUAUGAUAAAAAAGGAAUGCCUAAAGUUAUAUAUUGUUUACAUGCCCUUAGUACUCAUUUGUUCAAGAUGGGUCGGGCACCAUUAAUACAAGCUUUGUAUGGGAAAAUUAAUUUCACAGAUGAUGAAAUAAGUAAUAUGAAACUAGCUUUGGAAGAUAAUGGUAUUCCGAUGCCUGCAUUUCAAAAGAUUGGUGGACUUCUCUCGGAGGAUUUAACUGAUGACACCAGAGCUUUGCAUGAUGUAAUUGUUAAAAUAAAUUAUGCCCUCGAUCAAACGGAUACUGAAAUGCUGCUUCAUGCCCUUGAAAAUCAAGUUGCAAAAUUACACGAUGUUAAACCUUCAUAUAUUAAACAUUAUUGGAAUGUAUUACGUGAUGCAAAGAUUUUGAAGGUGAAAGCUGCUAUGAAUAGGUCUUUCCUGGAGAGUUUUACUGCAGAUGAAUAUGAUGAGCUUCUCACUCAAGCAGAAGUACAAGGUCACAUUACAUCAGUGAAUGUGGCAUGUUCGAGGCAUGAGCUUAUUGAUGCAGCCAAAAAGAUGAAUAAAGAACAUUUUAUGACUAUUUUAAGUAGCCCAUGGUUUGGACUGAGGAAUGUCAAUGUGGAAAAUGAACCUUUUUAUGUGGAAGAAAUUUUGAAAAUGGAGAAAAGAUUAUUGGAACAAUUCUCGACUUUAAAUAUUUGUGGUGAUUUACAAAAAGUUGUUAUUCAAGGAAAUAAGAAAGCUCAUCUCCAAAAUGAAGUGUCAAAGGUGAUGCAGAGAAUUGAGAAAUGCCUUCGCUCCAGUUCACGAUCUCAUGAAGAUUUAUUGAAGUUAUUAAAAAAUGAUGUAUUGGAUAUGGAAGUUGAAGAUUUUGCAUCCCCACUCUAUUUUGAAGAAUUGAAAGCAGAUUUGGAAGACACUGGGGGAUUGGAUUACCAUUAUAAAGUGAAAUACUGGCAGGAGUUGGCUAAAGCCCGUCAGUCGAAAUUAUAUGAGAAAUGUAGUUGUCAAAUUUUAACUUAUUUUGAUAUACAGAAUUGUAUUGAUUCUGUAAAUGAACAUUAUGAAAACAGUAAUUUAGUUAUUCAAGCAUUACAUUUAUUAAAUGAUGCUGUUAAGAAGAGAGAUUUUAAAGCAGUAGAAAAUGUUCUUAAAAAUCCUGUUCUUGGAUUGACUGAUAAUGUCUCUUCUGUUGAUUCUUCUCUAUUUCUCUCAAUGUUAGAGUUACGUCAGAAACAAAGAGAAGGAUCUGAACUGUGGUUGGAGGAUGUUCAUGCAGUUGUGAAAGAUAUGCUUCAUGAAGUGCAUGAAGUCCAAAAAGUGUGUGCAUCUGUAUCUCAGAUAAAUAUGGCUUUGCAACAAGAAGAUCCAGAUUUUACAAUGCAUGCUCUUACUGAUGCAGGAUUUAAUGUGACAGGUUUAUCCAUAAAUCGAUGUUAUUCUGUUUUGAAGAAGUAUAAACAAAAGAAGAUGGCAAACUUCAAAGGGAAAUGGAUAAUUUACAAUACCAAAAGAGGAAAUAAGGUAUUUUUGAAUGCUGGAAACUUUAAUUAUUCAUGGGUAAAACCUGAGAAAUUUGAUGUUGAAUGCCAGUAUUUAUCGUUGAGAGACAUAGAGAAAAUAAUUUGCAAACUUCAUGAAGAGCAAGGUAAAAGAGCAUACAUUAAUGAAGUUUUUAUUGUACGUUUGCAAAGUUAUAUUCGUGGCUAUCUUGCACGCAAAUUAUUCUGGGAAAUGAAGAGAGAAAAGUGUGCAUUAAUCAUUCAGGCAUGGUGGCGCGGAGUUGUGCAGAGACAGAAAUUUGUUUUAGCCUUGCAGCAACGAAGAAACACAAGAAAAAGUCUCAAGUUUGAUGAUAUCUUAAGGCGUUAUCAAUGUGAAAACCUCAAAGCCCAAGUUACUCAAGCAAUUCGCCAUAAUCAACAGUUAGCAAAACAGUUGGAUACAAUGGAUAUUAAGAUUGGGCUUUUGGUUCAGAACAGAAUUUCAUUGCAGGAUGUUAUUGCUCAUAGCAAGAAUCUGAACGACUUGGCUCUUAGGAGUUUCUCAAGUGAGACAAUGGGUGUCAAAGGUUUGAAAUCCUUGACAAAAGAUAGCCGUAGGAGAUUAGAAGGCUAUCAACAUUUGUUUUAUAUGUUGCAAACAUGCCCCAAUUACUUGGCAAAACUUCUUUUCUGCCUACCAAAAGACAAAACUUCAAUGUUCAUCAAGACAGUCAUUUGGUCUCUCUUCAACUUUGGAACAAAUCAAAGAGAAGAGUGUCUAUUGCUUAAAUUAUUUUGUAGUGCUCUUCGAGAAGAAGUUUUGGAUGACAAAACUUUGGUUAUUAACACCAAUCCUGUUGAUAUCUAUAAGAUAUGGCGUAACCAGGAGGAAAUGAAACGAGGUGUUGUUUCUGAACUUCCUGCUUCUGUCUCUCCAGAACAAGCAUUGUCGCAUCCUGAAGUUCAGAAAAGACUCGCCACUAGUUUAAAUGCCCUCAAAAGUUUAACAGCAUUUUUUCUUGAUCACAUUACGGGAUCUAUUCAUCUUAUUCCUUAUGGACUCCUCUACAUUGCCAGAGUUUUGCGAGAAUCUUUAAUGGAAAAAUUCUCAUCAUUGCCAGAUAAGGAUAUAUUGAAGGUGGUAGGAAAUCUUAUAUACUACCAUUAUAUAAAUCCUGCAAUUAUUGGCCCAGAAACAUACGGAAUUAUUACUCUGUCUGCUGAUAAUUCAUUGUCAAGUGCUCAGAGACUUAAUUUGGCCAGCAUUGCGAAGAUACUUCAGUUUGCUGCUGUGAAGAAAGGGUUUGGAGAAGAGUCCUGCCACCUCAUGUGCUUGAAUAAUUUCAUCAUUGAAUGUCACAAGAAGUUUAAAACCUUCUUUAGAGAUUGUUGUGAAGUGGAAGAUUUGGAUAGUCAUUUCAGUUUACAUCAGUACUCGGAAGCAACUCUUAUCACUAGACCUGUGAUUUAUGUUACUUUGCAAGAGAUUUGUGACACUCAUAAGCUUUUAGUGGACUAUUUGGCCCAUAUUGCACCAGACCCUAUGGAUCCCUUGUCUGAACUUUUGGAGGAUAUGGGAGAUCCACCCACUAUUGCAACUCUUGUUGGCAGAAGUCCCAGUGAUUCAUCAUUGACUCAUCUUGCAAAAACAGAAGUCUGCCUUACUCUUGUCAACAAACAUGAAGUGCCUGAAGAUGAUGAUACUGAUAUUCAUAAACUCUUUAUAAAAGCUAAAGAAAUAUUAGUUUUUCUACUACCGUGCUUGAAAGGAGAAACUUUGGUGGAUGCAUUGUCUGCCCCAGAAACAGAACAACAGGAAGAAUUGUAUUCUGAACUAAUCCAUGAUAGAGCAUUUAAACAGAAUAAGCAUGGGCAUAAAAAUUUGUACACUACUUUUUGUAUCAAUGAAGAAUCUUUACACAGUUGUAAAAAUCUUCUGCGGCAAUAUUUGGCGAAAUUGGAACUUGGAGGUCUUGUGUCUCAGGAUGAUCAUUAUCAAACUAUUAUUACUGCUAUUGCACAUGACAUUUGCAACCACGGAAAGUAUCGUGAAAUUAUUAGACAGGAACUCCAAACAUUGUGGGAAACAAAAUUCAGUUUGGAUCAGAAAGCAAAAUUUUAUGAGGAACAAGUAAGUUUGUACAACCAGUAUAUAGAAAAAUGUUUGGAGAAUCUAAACGCAGGAAAAAGAAAUGUGCACUCUCUCAAGAAAUCCUCUCAGCAUCGAAAAGUGAAAUCAAAGUUGGUGCUUAAGUACACUGCUGCUCGUCUUCAUGAAAAAGGCAUUUUAUUAGAAGUGGAUGGUUUACCAGCUUCUCAAUUUAAAAACGUGCAAUUUGAGAUAUCCCCAUCAGAUGUCAAUGGAAUUUUCACUAUAUGUGGUCGCUUUAUGGGUGUUGAUCUUGAGAAGGUGGAUGUAGAUAUUCAGCAUCUCCUGCAAUUACAGUUCGAAGGUGAAUCCGUUACUGAUAUCUUUGGGAAAGCAAAAGUCAAUGUGAAUCUACUUCUGUUUCUUCUGAAUAAGAAAUUUUAUGGAAAGAACUAAAAAAAUAUAUUUUAAUUAUUAGAUAUUAAUCAACAUUUCUACUAAUUCCUUCGAUGACUUGUCUUUAGUUUAUGUUGAUUAACUUCAGGAAGUAGACUCUUCACUUAUUUAGAUGGUGAUUAUUAUUUGAUAAUUUUAUAUAAUCAUUAAAUUUUCAAUAUUUAUUGACCAUAAGAUUGUAUAUAGAUUUUUCUUUCAAUAUAUAAUCGCAAUUCUGCUAGUCGUAACUUACUUAAAUAUAAGGAUGUUUUAUAUGAAGAGAUGAGCAGUCGAGGCCAAGGCUGACACUACGCACAAGUGUACUUUCUUAUAUUACAUUGGGGAAAAUAUAAUUGGAUAAUUUGUUUGAAUUAAUUUUUUAACAUUCAUAUUAUGUUUCUUAAAUAUAUUUUUGCUAGAGUUUUAUUAUAUAAUUAAUAAACAAUUGCAUGUGUUCUGAACAUAUUUAAUGAAUAUCAUUCAAAAAAAUUUAUGUAUAUUAAGAAAGAUUCCAAUUCUUGUUUCUUGUCAAAUUUCUACCAUUUUCAAAACUGGUGCAAUUAUCUUUUUCUAUAUAAUGACGUUCAUAAUGUUUGUAAUAGUUGAGUGAAGUUCCUAAUUUGUUUGGUAUUUGUAUUAGGCAUUAACAAUAAAGAAGUAAUGCCUUAUAAAUGUAUUUUGUAAUAUUGUAAACAUUCUAUUGAAGUAAAAAUAAUAACAUAUUUGUUUGUGUAUGAUUCUAAAAAUACCUAGACUGAAGAAACUGUUUUUAAUUUUAUUGAAUAAGUUUCAUGUUUUGAUAUCUAUUUCUGAAAUUCUUGGAAAGUUUUUAUUUUUAAUUCAAUUUAUUGGUGAUUGUAGUGCUUUCAUAUUCAUUUUUUGCUAUUUUGGCCUUGAGAAAAUAUUUAAUUUGUAUUGUUUAAUGAACAGAAAGUUUGAGAAUACAUUUAAUUGUUUAGGGAAUUCUAAUUUGUUUCAAACUUCACUCAACAGAAUCAUAUUUUUGUACAUAUUGUGUGUAUCAAAUACAUUUCUGCAAUAACAAUAUUUUACAUAUCAAAGUAACAAAUAUAUAUAUAUAUAUAAAUACAAAGUUGUAACAUACUUAUUUUCUAUAUUCCUUUGUACAUAUAUCAAUGUGAAUUGUACAGAAAUGGGUUAGAAAUCUGAAUUGUGAAAGAGCACUAAGGUGGCAACUAAUAUCUUGUAUUAUUAUUAUUAUUAUGAAUUGAAUACAUUAAUAAAUAAAUAAUUAUAAUUAAU